AUGCCUUCCACCAACGGUGCCUCGUCUAUGGUUGUUGAACCUCUGCCGCACGACCAUGGCUCUCUAGCAGCCAUCGGUCCCCAUGCGGUCGAAUCUUCGACUCUCACUAUGGGGGACCCAGGUGUCGCCACAUUGAGUACUCGUCUUGACUCUCCUCCCGUUCUCGACCAGAUUUCUCUCUCCAUCGACAAGGUGGCCAACGACAUGCAACUUGGCCCGCACUAUCGGGCGAUGUUGCAUCGAUUCAAGCAGGCCGUAUUCCAGCUUCCACCGCAGCAUCGGGACGCGUUCUUAAUCCAGCAAGCGGUUGCUCUUCGUUCCAUUCAGCUCCUCGAAGAUCAGCGUCGGGACAUCCAGGAUAUCAUCGCAUUCUCGGCGACCAUACGCACUCACCUCGCAGACCGUCGAACAUUGUCAGCAGACCAGCAGGCUGAGAUCACCGCUCUUUGCAAGAAGAUGGUGUUUGAGGCCGAUCGGACGGAUUACGACUUCGCCGACGAGGCUCUCGAGCGUCUCAGGCGGCUGCCUCGGCCCAACAUGUUUGUUGAGGUCUUCGAAUCGGUCGCAUGGACCCAGACGCUCACGACGUCCAUCCGGCGGCAGUCCUCGUACGCGCGGAACUCAUUGCGGAAAGAUCUGCGGGACUCCGAAUUCGAUGGGAAGAAGAAGGCUGGGCUGACAAGUUGCGCUAGGAAGGGGUUGCGGAAAUACGCCCCUCGGGACGGCCAAGACCUCUCUCCGGAGCUCAUCUUUCAUCUCGCCAUCCUUCGACGUUUCGUUCGCGAACACAGGGACCUGCUCAAUCGUGAUGAGUCUGUAGACGAUACCGAAGAUACGUCCGCGGCGAUCACGGGCCCCAAGCGGAAGCGGGUGCGUUUUAGCGAGGAUUCAGAGACGUUCUGGGGCGCUGUGUCGGCCUUCUUCUCUGAGAAGAAUGCAGAGUGGGGCCGGAGCAUCAAGCCCGGAAGCCAAUGGGCCAAUUAUAUCGACGAGUGUAUACUCCAAGAGCGCAGGCGAUUCCCAGAUGACCGCAUCCUCGCCAUCGCUCAGCGUCCGAGUCAGGAUGAUGCCGCCCGCCCGCCUUCGCUCCCGGAGUUCACUUUCACCUUCGGGCAUUCCCCCAGCAGUUCACGCUCACCUACACCCGGGGAAUAUCCUGCUUCUGGAGCAGGACGUCUCGAUGGCAGGAGUCGGUCUGUUGUCCCAGGGUUCACAUUCGGAGAUCAGACAGGCACCCAGGACGUCGACAUGACUGCGUCCGAGGAGCCUCAGCCUUCUGGGUCCGCUCAACCUGCACCGUCUCCCUCCCCGGCAACUCCUGCACGCUUCCACAACGCUACGCCCUCGACGCCUCUGACUCAGCAGUUCCCGGUCGCUGGAGUGCGCUCAGGCACUCCCGUUUCUCCGCCACGCCCCGCCUCCACGGUCCACCCUGCCGCUCAGUUCGGAGUCAGGAGGGUGGUGAGCGACAGCGGCCAUCCUGCGCUGCCCCCGGUCAACGCUCUCGGCCUCGGUAUUGAAUCGCUUACCAUAUCACCCAACCAUUCUCAACUCUCGCGCGUGGGCCUUGACCUCCCGCCACUCGCUGCGUUCGACGCGCCGCCGUCACCUGCCUAUGGGCGUUAUCAAUACGCCGGCCCGUCAUACCACCGUCACGGUUAUGGCGAGGCAGAGCCGUACGCCCAGCGGUUCCCCUGA